AUGCGAAACAUUCACACACACGAUCUGACUGAUGCUGCUAUACAAUCAUUUCUCAGUAAUCAAUAUGGACAAAGCAUCAAGCCAUCAGCACGCGAUUUUGAAAGGGCCAUCUUUACUCAACCAAACAUCGUCCAAUGUUGUAAAGAGAAUCACGAAAAACAAACCGUGGAGCAUGUUUUAGCCAUGAAGAAAAAAUACGGGAGAUUGGACAAGGCUUGGAUGGGAAUUUGGGACGCACUCGAGAUUAUGGAUGGGCUUUUUGAUAUGUCAGACCCUGAUGUCAAGACUUCACAAGCAAUCCAUGCGUUUCAGACGGCUGAAGCAGUACGACGUGAUGGUCAACCACGAUGGCUCAUUCUCACGGCUUUGAUACAUGAUCUCGGGAAACUUUUGUAUUUUUUGGGCGAGCCACAGUGGACGGUUUGCUGUGAUACUUAUCCAGUGGGUUGCAAGUUUUCCCGGAAGAUCGUGUACCACGAAUUCUUUUGCAACAAUCCUGAUUUCUAUGACCCCGUUUACUCGACACAAUAUGGCAUCUAUACACCUCAAUGUGGUCUCGACAAUGUACACAUGAGCUAUGGCCAUGACGAAUACAUGUAUAGAGUAUGCAAAAAGUACCUGCCGCCAGAGGCUCUUGCUAUCAUUCGCUAUCACUCGUUUUAUGCUUGUCACACAGAUGCUGAGUACGACUGGCUCCUCAACGAUCACGACCGAAAAAUGAUGCCAUGGGUCAAGGCUUUCACACGCUAUGAUCGCUGCUCAAUGAGUGUUGAAGAGAUACCGGAUAUCCAAACUUUAAGGCCGUACUAUGAAGAAUUGAUUGCAGAGUACUUUCCUCCAAAGAUAAGGUGGUGA